AUGGCGUUCUUUGAGCAUAUUUACAACCUGGAUAACCCUUCGUCAAGGUCUGGAGAAGCAGUCGAGGGACAAAGCAGCGGCAUUGCUGCAGCUCACGACUCGAUCUCUCAAAAGGACCCAGAGAUCAAGCAAGAGUUUGAGGACGAACUAGAAGAGACACAAGUUGGUGAGGUUGAAGCCGAGACAAAGUCUGUACCCAAGGACAACCCCAAAGGCCAAAACGACGAUUACGACAGCGACGACGAGCAUCAUCUUUGCUCCAUACUUCUCUACUUUAUAUCAAAGACUCUUCUGAACCAUCUCAGAGACGAACCUGAAGAUAUACCAAUGGACCGCUUUGCCGAGCAGUUCUUUGGUCGCCAGGACCAGUCUUCACGCUCUCGACCUCCCGAGGAUCCCAGCUUCAUGGAGACAUUCGCAAAGAACUUGGCCAAAUCCGCUGCUAAGUCUGCCGCCAGAAAGGCCAUGGGUCAAUCAUCCUCUGAGAAGCGAACUCGCGAUGGUACGCGAAGCGGAAACCAGAUCAACCCCGAAGAUUUCCGUGGUGUAGCUGAAUUCGUUCUCGGUAUGCUUGGUGGCAAGAAUGAACAGCCACGAAGAGAUGACGAUCGCAAGAAGGAUAAGAAGAGGAAGAGAGACAAAGAUAAGGAGAGGAGCAGAGAAGCGCCGAGGAGUAGGGAUGUCGAAGAUGACGGUGAUAAAUACGGAUCUGAUAAAGAACGUCGAAAGAGACGUCGCCACCGCGUUACCUUUGCAGAACCAUACUACGAGUCUCCUCUCCCAGAAGAGACUUACUAUUCUCAACCCUACGAGCCUCGUCGCGAUGAAGACAAAGAAGAGCGCCGCCGCCGUCGUCGUCAACGCCGAUACAAGCGCGACCUAGAUCUCAAGACCCUCAAGACAGAGUUGGAGGCCAUGUCGAGCACGAUAAUCUCCUUGAACGCAAGAGGCGCCAAACAUCGGGACUGCGAGUUUUACGAUCGCUUUGUGAGAAAGGGCGGGAGGUUGCAGGAUGUCAUUGGGAGCACGUUGGGACAGAUCAGGGGGGUCAUGGAGGGAGAGGUUGAGGCGGAGGAGAGAAGACGACGGAGAGACCGGAGGAGGGAGAUGCGAUGA